UACAGAUAGAAAAGAGAGAGAGGAGAGAGAGAAAGAGAGGUUCAUAACUACUCUGAAGAAGAUUGAAGCACCAACGACCAUACAAUGCGUUUCUCCAUCUAAGGUGAAAGGUCAAUGAAACAAUUAUCAAAAAGUUGAAAGUUUUCAUAUUUUCUUUUUUGGUUUUUCCCAGAAAAUUAUAAAAAGAUGGAGAGUAAAGGGUUUAGAAAAGCUUUUUCCUUUAUGUGAUAAAAAGAUGAUUUCAGAAAAACAAAGCCCUUUGUUUCUCUCUCUUAACUCAUCUUACUUUUCUUCCUCUAUUAGUAAAGAUGUAAAACACAAUACUCUCUCCACCAAAUAAAUAAGGAAACAAAUUAAAAACAAUCUCUCCUUCUUUCUCCUGCAUGAAAACAAAAGAUUCCUCAAUAUUGUUCUUAUUUUUCGUUAGUCACAGUACCCUUCUCUAUACACUAACACUAUAAAGUAUAAACCAACACUAUCUUCAAACAAGAAACAAAAAGAGAGCUAGAACCUCAUCCGAUGAUAGAUUACGAGAGAAGCAAGAACACCAAGAACAUCAACCAUCAUCGGAAUCCUCCUUCUUCAUCUUCCUCCGAUCUUCUUCCCGACGGUAAUGGAGCCGCCGUGACCCAAAAGAGGAAAAGACGACCGGCCGGGACGCCAGAUCCGGAGGCUGAGGUGGUAUCUUUAUCUCCAAGAACACUACUAGAAUCAGAUCGGUACGUGUGUGAGAUCUGUAAUCAAGGGUUUCAGAGAGACCAGAAUCUACAGAUGCACAGGAGAAGACAUAAAGUUCCAUGGAAGCUUUUAAAGAGAGAGACCACCGAGGAAGUGAAGAAGAGAGUCUACGUUUGUCCAGAGCCGACAUGUCUCCACCACAACCCUUGUCACGCCCUCGGAGAUCUCGUGGGUAUCAAGAAACACUUUCGAAGGAAACACAGUAACCAUAAGCAAUGGAUAUGUGAGAGAUGCUCAAAAGGCUACGCUGUUCAAUCUGAUUACAAAGCCCAUCUCAAAACGUGUGGCACUCGCGGCCAUUCCUGCGAUUGCGGCCGCGUUUUCUCCAGAGUAGAGAGUUUCAUUGAGCACCAGGACCAUUGCACCAUGCGCCGAUCACAACCCUCCGGCCACCGUUUACAACAACAGCAACAACAUACCGCAAACGCUACACAAACUGCUUCAGUCGCCAAAAACGUUGACCUCUCCGUUGGUCCUGUAUUGCCAGGACAUCCUUUGCUAAGACAAGCUCCACCGUCCGAUCAACACACAUCCGAUUUGCUCUAUCCUUUCGUUGGCUCAUGCGCUACUACUGGUAGUAGCAUCGAGCUUCAGCUACUCCCAUCGCGGGCUAGUGCUGAUGAGACAAGCCUUAGUUUGUCAAUAGGGAUGGAGCCGACAACGUCAAGCUACGAGAAGGGGGAGACGAGCUUACUAUUGGGACAAAGAGAGGAAGCCAAAAGGCAAAUAGAGAUUGCGGAAUUGGAGUUUGCUGAAGCCAAGAGAAUAAGGCAACAUGCAAAAGCUGAGCUUCAUAAAGCUCAGCUUUAUAGAGAAGAAGCAUGUCGGAGGAUUAGUGCAACGAUGAUGCAAAUCACUUGCCAUGACUGCAAGAAACACUUUCAAGCUGUUGCUGCUUCGGCUCCUCCUCCUCCUAUUCUUCCACAACCGCCUUGUACCGAUGAAAGUACAUCACUUGCUGUGAGCUAUGUGUCUUCGGCGACUACCGAAGGUGAAAAAGCGAGUGAUAGAGCAUCGUCAUAGACCUUGAAAAGAAAAAAACAAAUAAAAUAAAAAACAAAUUAUAUUCUUCCUUUUUUUGUUCUUUUGAUUGAAACUGAAGACGAUCUUUUUAUAUUCUUUGGUUUUUUCUAUAAAUUUGUUUUGUUUAUUUUUUCUCGAACAAAAACCGAAUGGAGUAGAGUUUUGUACGUAUGAAUAUCAAGUGUGGUUGGAUCUGUUUCUGGUUGCUGGA